AUGUCUGGCAUGAACCAAGGAAAAAGUCUGCUAGUAUUUGGACCCCAAGCAUUAUCAUCUAAUGGGGCUGGUUUCCACGGGUUGCAAGUCUCAGCAAAGCAGCUGCAAUGGAUCGUCGACACUAUCGCCGACCUCCCGAGUUGCUGGAAUGAGUUUGUAGACAGCUUCCCCAAGUACAACGCCAUUAAAGGUACAAGCAUACUUCAGUCUCUCAAAGAGUGGAUCAAUACUGGGAAAUUCGGCUAUUACGAGACUCAAAACCUUCCGAACAUCAUUCUUAGCCCACUUGUCAUCAUCACGCACAUCACAGAAUAUAUGACCUACCAUGAUGCUAUCGCUUCAGACGACAAUGACCAGUCGUCUACGGAGACCCUGGGCUUUUGCAUGGGAUUUUUGAGUGCUUUAGCGGUAUCGAUUAGCAAAGAUGGACAAGACAUCGAACGAUAUGGAUCGACCGCUAUCCGCCUAGCGAUGAUUAUUGGGGGCAUUGUCGACGCACAGGAAGCCCUGAACAGCCACGGGAGCUCAAAAUCACUGGCAACUGCUUGGAACUCUCCCAAAGCAGAAAGUGAAUUGAAAGCAAUACUAGAACAAUUUCCUGAGGCAUACAUCUCAGUUUCUUAUGAUGAACAACGAGCCACCGUGACGACAGGGGCCAACUCAGUCGCCAGUCUUCAACAGAAAUUACGAAGCUCGGGAAUUGUGGCUAACGAAAUUGGACUCUAUGGUCGCUUCCAUUACGAUGGAUACAUCGGAGAUGUCAAUAAAAUUAUUGAAUUUUGCGAAUCACACCCAGGCUUACUACUUCCUGAUGCGUCCCAUUUGAUACACCGUACCCGAUCAAACUCUGGAAGUGGUUUGAUUACAACCGGCAGACUUCACGAACACGCUGUAAAGACGAUUCUGACCCAGCAUUCGCACUGGUACCAAACGCUUAAAGCCGUUUACGAAACUGACCUGAAGGAGCAAGGAGCAACAGUUGUUUCUUUUGGCUCUGAGCCAUGCAUUCCUCCUUCUAUCUUACGUGAAAUCAAGUCUCAGGUUAUUCAUGUCUCGGAUAUCGCCAACCCAUCUGUCAAAUUCUCCCUUAAAGACACCCCUCGCGUCAAAAAGGUAGAUGAUAUCGCGGUGGUUGGUAUGUCAAUCAAAGUUGCAGGGGCUGACGAUGUCGAUGAAUUCUGGAACUUGUUAUGUGAAGCCAAAUCUCAACAUAGGGAAGCUCCCACAAAUCGCGUGCAAUUUCCUGGCUGGAGAGAAGGAGAUCCUAGCAGGAGGUACUAUGGAAAUUUUAUCAACGAUCAUGAUGUCUUCGAUCAGAAAUUUUUCAAGAAGAGUGCUCGAGAAGCCGCAUCCACGGACCCUCAACAACGAAUCCUACUACACGUUGCAUACAAAGCACUGGAGCAGGCGGGGUACUUUACAUCGCCAGAGCAAGACAAGAAUAUUGGUUGUUUCAUUGGUGAAUGUGCGGCGGAUUAUGCAGACAAUGUUGCAUGCCACCAGCCCAAUGCCUUUACAGCCACGGGAAACCUUAAAAGCUUUAUUGCUGGAAAGGUAAGCCAUUAUUUUGGCUGGACUGGUACUGGCCUCACAAUUGACACGGCUUGCUCUUCUUCAAUGGUUUCUGUACAUCUGGCAUGCAAGGCAAUUCUCAGUGGCGAAUGCAACGCAGCGUUGGCAGGUGGCGUCAACAUGAUGAAUAGCGCUUUAUGGUUUCAGAAUUUAGCAGCAGCAAGCUUCUUGAGUCCAACAGGACAAUGCAAGCCAUUCGACGCGAAUGCUGACGGCUACUGUCGAGGUGAAGGCAUCGCAGUGGUCUUCUUGAAAAAGAUGACAGAUGCCAUUGCCAACGGCGAUCAGAUUCUGGGCACAAUUUCCAGCACUGGUGUUUCCCAGAAUCAGAAUUGCACACCAAUUUUCGUUCCCAACGCUCCAUCUCUUUCAUCUUUAUUCAAGAAUGUCAUACGUGAUGCACAUAUCGAGCCUAAUCAAAUCACGGUUGUCGAGGCCCAUGGUACUGGGACGCAAGUGGGAGAUCCUGCUGAAUAUGACAGCAUUCGCCAGGUACUAGGAGGAUCAGGGCUACGCCCCAAGCCUCUUGCAUUCGGGUCCGUCAAGGGGCUUGUGGGGCAUACGGAGGCCACUUCUGGUUUGGUUUCUUUAAUCAAGAUUCUCCUUAUGAUCCAGAAGAAAGUAAUUCCUCCGCAACCUAGCUUUGAGUCACAGAAUCCUCAUCUCAAUGCCAGCCCUGAUGACAACAUGGAGAUAGUUACUAAGCGAAGAGACUGGACCGACAGCUACAGGGCAGCCCUCAUCAACAAUUACGGUGCUUCUGGUUCCAAUGCCUCCGCUGUGGUCACCCAAGCCCCCGGUUUGCCAAGUGCUGAAAAUAACACUCGGUUGAUUACAGCAAUCGAUUAUCCUUUCAAAAUUUGUGGCAAAGACGACCGCGCAAUCAAAGACUACAGUGGGAAACUGCUGAGCUGGCUGCGCUCCAGCGAUAAUGCAACGGUUGAUAUUGCGAAUGUGGCGUUCAACAUAAACAGACAAUCCAACCCUACCCUUGACAAGGCUUUAAUUCUUACCAGUCGAUCAACCGAACAGCUGAUGGAGAAGCUGUCAGCCAUACAGGGUGGUGAUCUCAGCGGUGCAGGAACAAUCGUACAACCAACCUCAAGGCCAGUAAUACUGUGCUUUGGAGGCCAAAUUUCUACAUUCGUCGGUCUCAGCAAAGAGGUUUAUGAAAAUGUCAAAAUAUUGGCCAAACACCUUGACGAAUGCGACUUUGUCUCAAGAUCAAUAGGAUGUGAAAGUAUUUUUCCAGAGAUCUUCCAGCGCAGUCCAGUGCAAGACACCGUCAAAUUGCAAACAAUGUUAUUCGCCAUGCAAUAUUCUUGUGCAAAGAGUUGGAUUGCGGGCGGUAUCCAGCCUGCUGCUGUUGUUGGACAUAGCUUUGGUGAGCUUACGUCAUUGUGUAUUUCUGGUGUCUUAUCUCUAGAAGAUGCAAUCAAAAUGAUUGCUGGUCGGGCGAAUAUCAUCAAGAAUGGCUGGGGUGAAGAAAAGGGUGCCAUGAUGGCUGUCGAAGCUGAUCAACAUGCGGUUGAAAAUAUGCUGUCUGAGACGGUGGAGACUUGCGAGGAUGCUGAUGAGAGAGCGCCCACCAUCGCUUGUCUCAAUGGCCCUAAGAGUUUUACAAUUGCUGGGUCAUCUCGCAGCAUUGACAUUGUCGCUCAGACUAUUUCGAACAACUCCUCAUACUCGAAGUUCAAAUUCAAGAGGCUUAAUGUCACAAACGCCUUUCAUUCAACUUUGGUUGAGCCUUUAAUGUCAGAGUUGACGAAGGUCGGGGAAAGCUUGACAUUCAAUGAGCCGAAUAUUCAUCUCGAAAGAGCCACCGAGUUUUACUCCCCAGAGCGUUUGACGUCCCAGUACGUGGCCGAUCAUAUGCGAAACCCAGUGUUCUUCAACCAAGCAAUCCAUAGGCUUUCCAAAAGAUACCCAAAUGCAGUAUUUUUAGAAGCUGGGUCGAAUUCUACCAUUACAAACAUGGCCAGCCGAGCUCUUGGUUCCCCAGCUGACUCUCAUUUCCAACCGGUCAACAUUACCACGGAGAAUGGUCUACAGUUUCUUGUGGACUCGACAGUCGCUCUAUGGAAGCAGGGCUUAGCUACAACAUUCUGGGGCCAUGACCGAGUGCAAACUUACGAGUAUGUGCCACUCAUGCUGCCGGGAUAUCAGUUUGAAAAGUCCCGUCACUGGAUGGAGGCUGUACCACCCCCAAGCGCAUCUCCGGGACACUACUCUCAGGAUUCAGAUCAACCCAAAGGUCUCUGGACCUUUGUCAAAUAUCAAGAUGAGAAAAAACGUUCAGCACGUUUUAGUAUCAAUACCAAGACUGAGAAGUACUUGGAAUUCGUCUCGGGUCAUAUCAUCGCAAAUACAGCACCAAUUUGUCCGGCCACUGUUGAAGUAGACAUUGCCGUCGAUGCUCUUAUCAGCCUAUAUCCCGACUUUGCUGCCUCUGGGCUUCAACCCAGAAUAUGCAACGUUGAUAAUCAGUCGCCAAUCUGUAUUGACAAUUCACGGUCUGUCUGGUUGGACGUUCAAUCCGAUGAAUCUAAUCCUCACCAUUGGGAAUGGAAAAUUCUGAGCGAUAGUGAUUCAUCAAAGACGAGUACUUUACAUGUAACCGGCAGCAUCAUAUUCGUCUCGGUUGAUGAUCCUGAGUGGCGCCUCGAAUUCUCUCGGUAUGAACGUUUGAUUGGCCACCAGCGUUGUCUCUCGGUUCUCAACAGCGAUGAUGCGGACGAUAUCAUUCAAGGUCGCAAUAUAUACAGGACCUUUGGAGAGGUAGUCGACUACUCCCCUCCAUACCGCGGUUUGCAGAAGCUCGUCGGCAAAGGCUCGGAAUCGGCAGGAAGAGUCACUAAGAAGUAUCUCGGGGAGACAUGGCUCGACCCUCUACUCUCAGAUGCCUUCAGCCAAGUCGGCGGCAUCUGGGUCAACUGCAUGACUGAGAAGCAACCUGGGGACAUGUUCAUUGCUACUGGCUUUGAGAAGUGGAUGCGAAGCCCAGAUGUCCAGGCUGAUUACCCGCGGCCCGCCGUAUGGGACGUGUUCGCAUAUCACCAGGAAAUUGCCACGGAAAAUUCGUACUUGACGGACAUUUUUAUAUUUGACUCGACAAAUGGAAAGCUAGUCGAAGUUAUACUCGGUGUCAAUUAUCAUAAAGUCGCCAAAGCAACCAUGAGCAAGAUUCUCGCUCGGUUAUCUGGUCUGCCUACAAAGACGACACAGUCAUCUCAAGGCCAAUCUGGUUCGGCAGAAAAUUCUAAUGAGGUCACUUCUGAUAAUUCUACAUCUAGCGAAUCUCCGAAGCAGAAGAAGGAAAAGUCAUCGGUUGGUCAAGAUGUGGUUGUCAAGACUCGGGAUCUCCUCGCUGAGAUUUCCGGAAUGGAACCGCACGAAAUCGGCGACGAUUCCCAGCUUGCUGACAUUGGAAUUGACUCCUUAAUGGGUAUGGAACUUGCUAAGGAGUUGGAAGGGAUGUUUAAGUGUUCGCUGCCAAGUGAUGAGUUAAUGAAUGUGACAAGCUUCAGUGAGCUGGUCCAAGUCGUCAAAGGCACUCUGGGAAUUGAAGGCGAGGAUAGUUCUGAUCAAGAGUCCGACAGUGACCAAAGCGAGAAUGACCCAACCCUCACUCCUUCUUCAGCUACAUCAGUGUCGGAUACCGACGAACCCAAGGCCGGGAAGUCUCUUGGGAUUAGCACCAAGGAAGGCAUUGCCAGCCUAGAUCUGCCUUCAAGCACGAUCAUUGAAGCAUUCGAAGAGUCCAGAAAGCUUACAGAUCAAUUUAUCGUCGACUAUAGAUGCGCUGGCUAUAUGGAGACGGUCUUGCCAAGGCAGACUCAACUCUGUGUAGCUCUUACGGUAGAGGCUUUCGAGCAACUUGGUUGUCCGCUACGCAGUGCAAAAUAUGGACAAGUUCUAGAGCGCAUUCCCUAUGUCUCAGAGCAUCAAAGACUAGCAGAGUAUCUUUAUAAAAUGCUUGGAGAAGAAGCCCGCUUGAUUGAUGUCGAUGGUGCUCGUAUUACGCGCACAGCCAUUGCAGCACCCAAAAAGACUAGUGAAGCGAUUCUGGACCAACUACUGCGCGAUUUUCCUGACCAUGAAUGGGCAAACAAACUCACUUAUUUUGCCGGAAGUCGGCUUGCAGACGUACUCAAAGGCGAAUGUGAUGGCAUCAAGUUGAUUUUUGGGAGCGACGAAGGACGAAAACUGGUCACUGGAUUGUAUGGCGACUCCCUCUUGAACAAACUGGCCAACGUGCAAAUGCAAGAUGUUAUCAAACGCGUUAUCUCCAAGAUCCCAAAAGACCAGGGUCCGUUGAAGAUUCUUGAAUUGGGUGCGGGAACUGGUGGAACGACCAAAGGAAUGGUGGCACUUCUAUCAGAGCUCAAUGUUCCAGUGGAGUAUACAUUCACUGACCUGGCUGGCUCUUUUGUAGCAGCCGCCCGCAAAACAUUCAAGGAGUAUCCGUUUAUGAAAUAUCGUGUGCAUGAUAUUGAAAAACCCCCAUCAGAUGAUCUUCUUGGUACACAGCACAUCAUCAUUGCGAGCAAUGCGAUCCAUGCUACCCACAAUCUGAUGAAGUCGACAGAAAAUGUCCGGAAGGCUCUCCGUCCCGAUGGGUUCUUGAUGAUGCUUGAAAUGACUUCUCCUGUUUACUGGGUUGAUCUCAUCUUUGGCUUGUUCGAGGGUUGGUGGCUAUUUGAUGAUGGUCGGAAACAUGCCAUUGCCCACCAAACAGUAUGGGAACGCGGCCUAAAGUCAGUUGGUUACGGGCACGUCGACUGGACAGAUGGCAACAGUCCUGAACUUGAGGUUCAACGCGUUAUCAUUGCCCUAGCUUCUGGCCCUCAAUUCGAACGGAAAACUGUCCUGCCACCACCAAAGCCAGAGGUACAAAUUCAGCCGACUGAAGAACGACAAGAAGCGAUCGAGUCAUAUUUGCGCAAAUACACGCAAGGUUUCUCUGUUCAGGGGCCUUCCGGAAAUAUCGGCUCUAGCAAGGAACUAUGCGUCCUGAUUACGGGAGGCAGUGGAAGCUUGGGCUCUCAUAUAGUUGCCAAUGUCGCUGCUCUUCCGAACGUGAAAAGAGUAAUCUGUCUCAACCGGCGUAACACGAGUGAGCGCGAUCCAAAUGCACGCCAGCACAAGGCUCUCACUGAAAGGGGUCUCCUUCUGGAUGAUUCCUCGCAAUCAAAAGUGGAAGUUCUCCAGACCAUCACUUCAAAACCAAUGUUGGGCCUCGAGCGAAGCCAGUAUGAAGAUCUUGUGAAUAGUGUCACUCAUAUUGUGCAUAAUGCAUGGCCAAUGACGGGCAAGCGACCGGUAUCCGGAUUGGAAUCCCAAUUCCAAGUCAUGCGCAACCUCAUUGAUCUUGCAGGCAACAUCUCAUCUCGUCGCCAAAAAGGAUUCCAGGUUACCUUCCAGCUAAUUUCUUCGAUUGCUGUAGUUGGUCAUUAUCCUCUCUGGAGUGGAAACACCGUUGUACCAGAAGAGAGGAUGUCUCUCAAAUCUGUUCUACCCAACGGCUAUGGCGACGCCAAAUUUGUAUGUGAAAGAAUGCUUGAUGAAACUUUGCAUAAGCAUCCCGAGAAUUUCCGGGUUAUGUCAGUUCGCCCAGGUCAGAUUGCUGGAUCCAAGGCUACUGGGUACUGGAACCCCAUGGAACACCUGUCGUUUCUGAUAAAGUCAUCACAAACACUCAAGGCGUUGCCAGACUUCAAAGGGGAUCUCUGCUGGACUCCGGUUGAUGACGUUGCAGGAACAUGCAUCGACUUGUUAUUUUCGCAUCGUGCUCCAUACCCAGUUUAUCACAUUGACAACCCGGUUCGUCAGCCUUGGACAAAGAUGACCCCAGUUCUUGCGGAUGCUCUUGGCAUCCCCCGUGAUAACAUUAUCCCUUUCAAAGACUGGGUUCGACGAGUUAGAUCGUUCCCUGGCGCUGUGGAAUGGGACAAUCCGGCGGCCAUGCUCAUUGAUUUCCUUGAUGACAACUUCCUUCGCAUGUCUUGCGGAGGCUUACUGCUUGGUACUGAUAAGAGCUACAUUAAAAUGUCGCUUGACGACAGUCAUGGAUCAGAUCUACCGCGAAUCUUGUGUCUACAUGGCGGCGGAACAAACUCUCGAAUUUUCAGGUCCCAAUGCCGCGUUCUCUCGGCACACCUGAAAGACAAAUUCCGCCUUGUGUUUGCCGAAGCUCCUCUAGGCUGUCAAGCUGGCCCAGAUGUACUUUCUGUUUACAAAGAAUGGGGGCCAUUCAAAUCUUGGGUCCCGUCCGCCCUAGGCUGUGCAACUAUGGAUAGCGACACAUCGAUAUGCAUGUUCGAUGAUUCAUUGCAACGUGCAAUGGACUUGGAUGAUAGUAAAGGGGCUACUGGUCCUUGGGUUGGAUUACUUGGGUUUAGCCAGGGCGCAAAAAUGUGUGCCAGCCUACUUUUACUUCAGCAACUACAACAUCUCCAUGGGGUUAAGACAGACAAAAGGCGCGAUUUCCGGUUCGGUAUAUUGCUUGCUGGUCGGGCACCACUCAUUGCAUUGGACCCAACUCUGAUUGGUGUCGAUGCCCCGAGGCAAAUUGUUGGGCCAAACGAUGAAGAGAUAUACGGCAACGACUGGCUCCCAGAUAUCUAUCGCGACGCAGCACUUCAUCGACUACGAAUACCGACAGUGCAUGUUCAUGGUCUACGUGACUCUGGACUCUCGCUGCACAGGCGGAUGCUAGAAGAUUGUUGCGAAAGGCAAGCCACAAGGCUCAUGGAGUGGGAAGGCAGUCACCGAGUCCCGAUCAAAACCAAGGACGUCACUGCGUUAGUUCAACAUAUAAUUUCCAUAGCAGAGGAAACCGGAGUCGGGAUUGAUAGAUUAUAG